AUGACUACCUGCAUUUCCGUUCAUUGCGUAACGUCCGACAUUCAGAGUGAAUACUUCCUGCCUGCCAGCUCAAAAAUGGCGUCCUGUUUUGAGGUAUCUGCGUCGGUCAGUGAUGAACAGACCGAAAGUGCUGCAUCUCAGAAAAGAGAGGAGAGACUGCGAAAAUUCCGGGAACUGCAUUUCAAAAGGAAUGAAGCACGCAAUCUCAAUCACAAGGAGGUUGUGGAGGAGGACAAAAGACUGAAACUACCAACUAACUGGGAGGCAAAGAAAGCCCGUCUGGAGUGGGAACUAAUGACUGAUGAAAAGAAAAAGGAGUGUGCGGCCAAAGGGGAGGACUAUGACCGGGUGAAACUGCUAGAGAUCAGUGCUGAGGAUGCUGAGCGGUGGGAGAGAAAGAAGAAGAAGAAGAACCCUGACCCAGGAUUCUCAGGUUACGCGGAGGCCCAGCUGCGACAGUACCAGCGCCUCACCAAACAGAUCAAACCAGACAUGGACGGCUAUGAGAGGCAGCGAGAGCAGUGUGGUGAGGACUUCCACCCCACAUCCAACAGCCUGAUCCAUGGGACCCACGUCCCAUCCAAGGAGGGCAUUGACCGCAUGGUGGAGGAUGUGGAGAAACAGAUUGAGAAGCGGGCCAAAUACAGCCGGCGCAGGGCCUAUAACGAUGACGCAGACAUCGACUACAUCAAUGAGAGGAACGCCAAGUUCAACAAGAAGGCAGAGCGGUUCUAUGGCAAAUACACAGCCGAGAUCAAGCAGAAUCUGGAGAGAGGCACAGCUGUCUAACUGCACUGGUCAAUCAAAUGGACGCUACCAUUUCCACUGCUUUGUUGUAACUGAAGGCCAUAAUUAGUCACUGUGGUUACAGGACCGGCCAUGUACAUAGAAACCCCAUUUCAGUUGGUCACAAUGCUUACGUAUCUGAGAUCUAAAUUUGUAUUUUGAUGCUGACAUUUCUUUAGAGGCUUUUUCUAACUAAUUUUACUGUAUUGUUACUAUAACACUGUGAAUCAGGUGGAAUGGCUAACUCUUGAGUACAUCCUGAAUAAUCUUGUAAUGUUAUUGCUGCCUUUCUGCCAAUGUGUAUCGUGUGUGUAUGAACACGCAUUUUUUUUAAACGUCUUUUUUUUAAACUAACGUUUUUGUAAAUAGCUGAUAUGUAGGUCUUACCUCAGAUUGCUGCAUGCAGUAUGGGUUGGGUGGGUGGGGGGUGGCUUAACGUGAGAAUGAAAUGCUAUCAUUCACCUUAAGGCUACACUGUGUUUAUUAGUUAUGCCAGCAGAAGAAUGUGCUAGUGUAGGUGCACGAGGGGAUAAACAAAUUAAACAAUUUCAUCGUUAUCACUCAUCUCUGUUAAGCCGACUGCCCCCAAGCAGAAUAUGAGCUAGGAGAGGCUUGUGACCUAAAUUGAGAUCAAAGACAGUCAACAGAUUCACAUGCUAUAUUCAGUUUCUCAUUCUGUAUCAAUGCACACUAUGGGUUAUUCAAAAAUACGAUGUGGGGGUCCUAUAAACACGAAUAGAAUUUGAUCCUCAUCCUUCGUAAUUUGAAUCAGACAUCUGUGUAAUGUUCCGUUGGACUUAAUGAAUCUGUUCUGAAUAAGCCUCAUGGGAUAUGGUAAUAAGAUGGGGAAGAGGGGUUUCAAAGGUUGGCGUGCAAGAAAAUAUUUAUAAGUUGUUUAUGAUUUCUUGGUCGACUAGGAUUUUGUGUCACCUGUAUCAGAAUCCUAUUGGAAUUCUAUUUGACUAAUUAUUUCCUAUUGGGAAUCAAAAGUAAUUUGAUUGAAUCCUAUAGAUUUUUGAUUAGUCUCCUAGGAUUUUGUCACCCCAAUCAGAAUGCUAUUAUAGUUUUUUUUCUCAAAUUAACCCAUUAAAUUAUCAUUUGUCAUUGGUUCCAGUACAAUACAAAAGCAUUAAUUACUACA